AUGGCCGCGGCCGGCGCGCGCGCGCUCGCGGCCCCGGCGGUGCUGGCGGCCUGCGCCGGAGGGCGGCUCGACGGCGCGGACGGGCCGCAGGGCUGGCGCGGGCACGGCCCCCGCGGGCCGGGCCAGCCCACCUUCUCGCUGGACAGCGCCGCCAGGUGCGUCUCGAAGGCUGGGCCGCGCAGGCUGCACGGGCCGAUCAGGCACGACUGCGGGGACGACGCCUUCUUCAUGGCGCAGCCCACGGAGGCUACGGCGACGGUCGGCAUAGCCGACGGUGUGAGCAGCUGGUCUCGCAUGGGCAUUGACCCUGCGCUCUUCGCGUGGGAGCUGAUGCGGCACUGCGAGUUGCUUGCGGAGGGCGUCGGCAUGUCAAGGCCGCGUGACGUAAUGUCUCGGGGCUACUGGAACAUGGUCCGAAGUGGCUCCGCGCCGAGCGGCAGCAGCACGGCCUGCGUCGCCAGCCUGGACCGGCCGGGGGGCAGGCUGACCGUGGCCAACCUCGGCGACAGCGGCGUCCUGCUCCUCCGCGGCGGCGGCGCCCGCGUCGUCCUGCAGACGCAGGAACAGCAGCAUUAUUUCAACUGCCCCUACCAGCUUAUGUUUGUGCAGCCGAACGAUCAGGCGGGACAGGCCCGAGGGGACGACCCCGAGUCCAGCGCGGAGUACUCCGCGCAGGCAGAGGACGGAGACCUCCUCGUCAUGGCGACGGAUGGCUUCUUCGACAACGUAUUUCAGGAGAAUGCGCUCAAGGUCAUCGCCGGCAUGUGCGAGACAAAGCCCGGCGAGAUCGCGGAGGCCCUGGUCAGGCUGGCCCACUCCAGGUCGCAGCUGCAAGAGCACACGCCCUUCAGCGUUUCGGCCCAGCGGCAUGGUGUGAGGCCGAUGCCCGGGCGGGGGGUUCAACCGGGUGCCUUGGGCGCUGCCGCAUCCGAAGAAGCAGUUUGUGAGUUGCAUGAUGUCGUUCGUGGAGGAUUCGUUCGUGUGUUCGCAGGGGUGUUUCCACGCCUCCAGUUCUCAUUGUGCGUGGCAGCAGUGGGCCGUUGA